UAAAUUCGCAAUUCUCAUUUCUCAAUUGCAGGGGCUGCGCACACUCACAGUCACAAAACAAAUAGACUAAAAGAACAAUCGAGGGGCAGCAUAAUGGUGGAGUUCCGCUUCGAUAUCAAGCCGCUGUUUCCGCAGCCAAUUAUCAAGGUGACAUCGAACCUCCUGCCGCACACCUUUCGUGGCGAUCGGCGUCAGUGUUUAGAUGCCACCACCAAGAUGUCGGAGAUCAUCGAUCGGCUGGGCCAGCUGUCGGCCACCUCGCAGGGCCUCAGCAAGCCGGUGACCACGGCCCAGCGCCUGAGGAUGUCCGAUAACCAGACCAUUUAUCUGCUGGCGGAUAGUGAGCAGGGUCACAACGGCGCUGUCACCGGUCUACUGAAGGUGGGCACCAAGGAUCUGUAUUUGUUUGACGAGUCCGGACAGACGCGCAAGGUGGAGCAGGCUCCAUCCAUUCUGGACUUUUACAUCCACGAGUCUCGUCAGCGCGCCGGCCUGGGAAAGCGUCUCUUCCAGACGAUGCUAAGCGAGGAACAGUGGACGCCACUAAAGUGCUCGGUGGACCGGCCGUCGGAAAAACUACUGGGUUUCCUCAGCAAACAUUACGGAUUGCAGCGAAUCAUUCCGCAGGCGAACAAUUUCGUACUCUACGAGGGAUUCUUCAACGAUGCGGCCUCCGCGAAUGGACACGGCCACGCCCAGUCGCCGCAGCGCACCCCGAAUGGCCUGCACAUUACGAACAGUCCUAACACACAGCUCUUUGGUGCUACUUACCUGGGCGAGGAUUCUAACCGGCGGCGUGGUUCCCAGCAGCAGCAGUCGGGCCCGAAUGUGCUGCUCCAGCAGAUAACACAGAUCUCUCCGUCCGGACGAUAUGGGGCUCCACGUCCCACUUGCAGCAUGGCCGAGAUAAUUCAUGCCGGCAACUCGAAGGGCGGAAAAGGUAAUGGCAGUGCAGAAUCGAACAGCGGCAAUGGUAACCACGAUCUAGCAGAGAUUGCCGAGCAGCUGCAGCGGCAGAGUUUGGCCGACUUGGAGGCCCACAGCUAUGAGCCGGAGCUGGAAAUUGAGCCGGAGGUCGAGCCGGAACCCGAACCCGAACCGGAGGUGAUUACUCCACCAUCACCGCCGCCGCCAAAGAGCCACACUCCGACUCCCCCGUCCGUGCGAUCGCCCGAGGUGGCCGAGAGCAUUGUGGGCGACAACCGGAGACCUCCGGCCUUCCAGCUGAGCAAGCAGCACACGGGCAUGAAGAACCGAUCCUUUGGCGUCGGCAUGGCCGUAAUGCCCAGCACCAAAAUGGAGUUCGAUCAGAUGGAGCGCGAGGAUUUCGGCGUGGUCAAGAUCAACCGUCCGCCCGGCCAUGAUGCCACCUCGCCGGGCCAGGACAACACGGAUGCCUUGUCCACCGUUUCCUCCGGCGGCGGUGGCGGCGGCCUCACCGAUCAGGGCUACUACGAUCUCAAGUUCUAUCACAAUAAGUUGUGGUAAAGAUCUCAAAUCGAUCACAAAACCGCAACACCACGCAAUAUUUGGUAGCAUCUUUUGUACGUGUGGCAUUAAGCAUAAUUAACAAAAUCUAAUCUAGACACUAAGAAUGUAUUAACUCUAAUCAAAAAAUAUCACACCAAACGGUUCCUGUACUUCAGUUCGAUGAUUUCGUUGUGAGCUUCUUGUCAGACUUUUGUUGAUUCGUUCAUUUGUUACAAGCCACGCACUCCGAAGAGCAUCCGUAAACUAGAGUCUCACGAUUUAAUGUUAACAAUAGCAAAUUGAAAUGUACGUAGAGUAAUUGCCGUUGGUACUGAGCUAGAUAUGUUUUACUAAUCGUUUUGCUUUGUACCUCUCGGUAUCUCAAAACCCCUUAAUCUUCCAAUUACAGAAAACGCGAAUAUUUCGAACAAAUCUAUGGCGAGUACAUGCUAUAGGGACAGCGCCAGUUGGCCAGAACCCAUCUCAUAACUAUACUCAACAUUUCUCAAACAUUGUCUAACGUUUAGUUGAUAGAACACAGAACACACAACCCCCAAAAUGCAAAUAGAUUAAAGAUGAAGAUAUACAAAUAAAGCACACAUUUUGUCGAUUCUAUUUGCCAAGUGAAA